UUGGCUUCGUUUUCCUCCGGCUGGGGAAAGUAGCAGUCAUGGCGCCACCCGUGAGGUACUGCAUCCCGGGCGAACGUCUGUGUAACUUGGAGGAGGGCAGCCCAGGCAGCGGCACCUACACCCGGCACGGCUACAUCUUUUCGUCGCUUGCUGGCUGCGUGACAAAGAGCAGCGAGAACGGCGCGCUUCCUGUCGUGUCUGUGAUGAGAGAAACAGAGUCCCAGUUACUGCCAGAUGUGGGAGCUAUUGUAACCUGUAAGGUCUCUAGCAUCAAUUCACGCUUUGCCAAAGUGCACAUCCUGUAUGUGGGGUCCACACCACUUAAAAACUCUUUUCGAGGAACUAUCCGCAAGGAAGAUGUUCGAGCUACUGAAAAAGACAAGGUUGAAAUUUAUAAGAGUUUUCGCCCAGGUGACAUUGUCUUGGCCAAAGUGAUCUCCCUAGGUGACGCACAGUCCAACUACCUCCUGACCACGGCCGAAAAUGAGCUGGGCGUGGUGGUGGCUCACAGUGAAUCGGGUGUGCAGAUGGUUCCCAUCAGCUGGUGUGAGAUGCAGUGCCCCAAGACCCACACUAAAGAAUUCCGGAAAGUGGCCCGAGUACAGCCCGAAUUCUUGCAAACCUAAGAAGCCUCAUUUUACCCCGAGGAGGGGGGUAAGCUGUUUCUAGAGUAUGUGUAUGAAAGUAGCAGUGAGGCGCCACUGUCUUUGUUGAUACACCUGGGGUCAGCCAGCAACCAGCUCAAGAAAAGUCUGCCCGAAACUAACUCUGUGGGCAGAAAGUUUUUCUCAUGAGCCCUUCAGUGGAUUUCUUUCUCCUGAGUGAUCAAGUUCUCUUGGGGGCUCCAUAAACAAGUGGUAUAAUGUUGGAAAUAGCCUAUUCUUUCCGACAGUCUUAUAAAUACGUAUUUUUGCUGUGACGGAGACAGUUUUAUUAAAAAGAUUCUAUGGUU